AGAAUUCAAUUUGUUGUCGUCGCUUGUUGGAGGCAGAAGUCGAAGCGCAGAAAACUCGCCAUAGUAAAAGCUAAUUUGUUUUUUUUUUAUAGUUUUCGACGGAAAGGUUCGCUACUGGUGCUUAGUGUCGCUUUCGAUAUUUGUUUGUUUACGCAUACAAAGUAAGUGCUUUCAUACAUACAUACAUAUGUAUGUUCACUUGUUCGGUUGAAGAGUGGUUUUUAGUUUUGCAUCGCCACUGGAAGCUGCUGUGUAGCCUAAAGGCGUAAAAUAGAAAAUUGAGACAAUUUUUUACUUUUGUUUCUCAUUUUGCAAAAACAAAAUAUAAGUUUAAUGCAGCGAAAAUAUAGAAAAUGGCAAACGUACAGUGACAAAAUUAUGCAUUUUUGUUGAGUGAUAAAUACGUUUAGUGUCUCAUACGUUCGUUGUUGACAUUUGGUUUUGAUUUUAACUACUGCAACGCAAUAACGGCAAUUGCCACCUGUUCUAAAACGAUUAGCUUCGAGUAAGGUGUGUCACUCGAUCAUUUUUUAUAUAACUUAUAUAUUUGGUGUACGCGAAUUUAACAUUAAAAGUUAAAGCGCGGAAAACUACUAAAAACAACAUUAUUUAUCUGCUAAAUGAAAAGUGUUAUAUGCCACACCGUGAAUGACAAAAGCAAUCGAAAGAGGGUCGCUUGUGAUUAAAUACAAAGAAGCCACAAGAAUAAUACACAAAUGUUCGCAUUGAAGUGUAAGUGCGGUCCGUAGAAGUGAAAGCCAAAACAACUACCUAAUUGUAAAAGAGUUCUAGUAACCACUAAAUUAUUGAGAAUUUUCAACGUUACAAAAAUUUUUUGUGCAAAGCAAAAAAACGGUGGUGUUACUGUGGCAGUGAAAGUAGGCGACAAGUGGAUAUUAAUAAAUAUUUGGCGGUAUUUAAGCUGAGUAGAGUUUUAGCGUACACCCGUGAGACUGAGUCGAGAAAAUUAUCACCUAUUCAAGUUGUAUUCGCUGCUACUUCAUUCAUAGAGUUGGAUUUCUGAACCAUAAGUGAAAUUAAUACAAUUUUUUAAUAAUCAACAGUCAUAAGCAGCAAAAUGGGUUCUGAUUGUGGCGUCUGGCUAGCCAAAUAUCUGCUAUGCCUAUUUAACUUCCUCUUCUUUGUCGUUGGCACAAUCGUGCUGGGCACUGGCAUUUGGUUAGCGGUCGACAAAGCCUCACUGAUUGCAUUGCUUAAAAUGGUUGACAGCGAAAACAUUAACCAAUUCACACAGCCGCGUGCCAUCGAGCAGAUGGCGUACCUUUUGAUUGUAAUCGGCGCCGUUAUGUUCUUCAUGAGUUUCCUGGGCUAUUGUGGCGCUAUACGUGAGUCGCGUUGUCUACUAACGACGUAUGGCGUCUUUAUGAUUUUGCUGUUAAUUGCUGAAAUUGUAGCUGGCGGACUGGGGGCAUUCUACAAGGAAACGGCGCGCGCUGAGACAAAGACUUUCUUGCAAUCCACCAUCACCGACUACUACUCCACCAAUGAGAACAUGGACGCCGUCACACACAUGUGGAAUCAAAUGAUGAGCCAGAUGAGCUGCUGUGGUGUGAACGAUUAUCGUGACUUUAACGCCUCACUCUCUUGGAUUAGUAACAAGGGUAAUCAUACGCUGCCCGAAGCCUGUUGCGUACUGAAGGAUGUGAGUCAACUACUGCCACGCGACGAUGACUGUGUGACAAAUCCCACCGAGAGCAACAGCUAUUACAAGAAGGGCUGCUAUGAAGUGUUCACCGACUGGAUUAUUUCCCACCGCGAAAUCAUUAUUGGCGUGCUUUUGGGUGUUGGUAUAGUACAUCUUUUUGCGAUCUUUUUGGCCUUUUGCUUAUGUAAAGCGUUUGCUAAAUACCAUGGCAUGCGACUCUAAGCGAUUUUGGUAAAACGAAUGGUAGAAUUAGCGCGGGAAAAAGAUACUGAAAUUCCAGUGGACACUGGCAAUUAGUUCAACCAAAUACGACUAAAGAAAUAAAUCGUUGUGGCAAAGAAACUCCAUUAAAAGGCGAAGAAAUUUUUUUUUAUUAAAUAAUAUUUUGUUGAGUUUAUUGUUUUACAAAUUUUGGACAAGUUUAGUGGAUUCUUUUUAAGAUUACAUUAUUCUACAGUUUUACAAAUCAUUUGCAUGUACCUUUAUGUACAUAAACUAUAUAUACAAAUACUGAAAGCUGUUGUUAAAUAUUUAUAAAUAAGUACAAUAAUUGCGAGAGAAAACGAAGUAGAUGCAAAAAAAAUAUAUAGGCGCAUGAAGUGUAUUCGCCUUGAUAUAGGCUAUGCUAAAAUUAUGGUCACACUUUAAAAGCAGUUUAUUUUAAUGAAUCGCUUAAUCACGUACCUCGACUGUCAGUCGCAUGCGCGUGAACUGGAAGGCAUAACUACAGCCAACUAUUGCAUACCUUCAAGCGUUUCAUACGAGUAUAAGUAUUUAUAAAACUACUUCGAAAGUAGCAAUAAGUAGGUUUUCAGUUUGUAACUCUGUAAAAUGCUACACAUGGAGACCACAUAUUGUAUUCUUACACGCAAAUGUAACUGGCAUACGAGACACAUGAACAAUCUGCAAGU